AUGGUUAACGGGGUGCUCGGAAUUAUUGGCAUGUUUCCACCGCUCUUGGCCGAGUCGCUUGGGCGGUGCGCUGUCCAGCUAGAGCUUAGGGGUGCUUGGGCGAAAUUGAAAUUUGACGCUGCCUGGUGCCUUGCCUGGCUGCCUGGUGUUCCAGGAUGCGCUGUCGUAAGGCUAAGCCACGGGCCUCUCCACCACCAGAGCGGUCAGCCCUUUCAUCUGUGGCUGUCAGAACGUGGCCCCGUCGGCGUCGCGUUUAGUGGGUCAGCUACACCCUUCAUUGCCAUUGUACCGUACACUGCCUAUGCGGUUGGGUUGCGCGUGCCAUGGAAUUGCCGACCUGGACGCGAGGCUGUCGGGCCCGAGGUAGCUGAAUGGGCUCCUGGCGACUGA